AUGAACUCGAUUUGUCGCAUAUCUCUAGCCCUUCGAUUACAGUCCAGAGCAUCUCGGAGGAUAACAAGAUCAAUAGACACAAUCUCAGAGCUCGCAAAGCCGUUUAUUACACUAUCUGUCGACCAUUUCGGGCCAGAUAUGUCGUCAGUCAGUGAAAAUAUAGCUGCUGGCACCAAGCGGAAACGCAAUGGAGAGCCAAAGUUCUACGCGGUGAAGAUCGGGUUUCAGCCUGGAAUAUACAACCAUUGGAACGAGUGUUUGGCUCAAGUGACGGGAUUCAAAGGCGCAGUCUUUCAAUCUUUUCCAUCACGGGAGGAAGCAGAUGCUUUCCUCACAGGCAACAGGGCUCCAUCCCCCCAAGACGGUUCGACUUCCACAUGUACGAAAUUUUACGGCAUUCAGAAGGGCCGAGUACCAGGCGUAUACACAGAUUGGGCAAAGGCGCAAGCUCAAGUGAGAGGAUUUCGUGGGCCUCGAUAUCGAAAGUUUUCUACCCGAGAAGCAGCAGAGGCGUUUGUACGAAAUGGCCAGACAUCGUCUGAUAAGGAUUCGCUACCGGGGGCUCCAGGGUUGAUGGAUGGAAAUUCAAAGGACAGUAUCGGUAACGAAUAUGCUGCGGGGACAGGACCACUACCGCCUGGUGCGGAGGAUGGGUUUGACCCUAACAUACUACUGGAUCCAACAACCGGAAAGAUGGUGUAUAAAACACCUGAACAAAAACAGGAGACGAAGAUGCAACCGAAACCGUCCGGACCACCGGGCAUGCUGAAGAUUUACACUGAUGGAAGUGCUUUGAGGAAUGGAACAUCUCGAGCUAGAGCCGGUGUAGGAGUUUACUUUGGGCCGGGUGACGAAAGCAGAAAUGUUUCAGAACCCCUUGCAGGCAGCCGUCAGACGAACCAACGAGCGGAAUUAACAGCCAUCUCCCGGGCACUCGAUAUAGCGCCCAAACACCGCGAUGUCACUAUCUUUACGGACAGCAAGUACUCGAUCGAUUGUGUCACUGUAUGGUGCAUAAACUGGCAACGAAAUAACUGGGUCACCUCGGCUCAGAAACCAGUCGAGAACAAGGAUCUUAUUCAAUCCAUUCUAGCUAAGAUUGAAGAACGCAAUUCGUUGAAGGUCAAAACACUAUUUGAAUGGGUGAAGGGGCAUAACAAAAACGCCGGCAAUGAAGCUGCCGAUCGGUUAGCAGUUAAUGGUGCAAAUAUGGAGGAGGUGAAGACUGAGGAAUUGUCUGAAAGUGCCGAAAGCUCGAAAAAUAGGAUCAAGACCAAGAGUCGAUCGAGGCGGGAGAGUGACUAA